AUGUCGCUUGUUUCGUCGUUCAAUUUCAGCUCGUUCGUGACCACCAAGACACAGGACUAUGUUGCCCUGAUCCAAUUCUACAAGUCGUUCGGGCUGUCUGUUGUGAAGACGUUCUCCAAGGACGCCAACACCGCAGGCACCGAACUGAUUGGGGUUUCCACCGACUCCCGCAAGGAGUGCUGGUUCAGCUGUUUUCCUGCGGCAGAUUUGGCGGGUCACGGUCCGGGCGGAGCAUUCAGUAAAGGGACAAUUAUCAAGCUGAGAUUAGUGAGCCAUGACGUGCACAAGAAUAUUGAGCUUCCGGGAGAGCUCGUUUUUUACAGCGAGGAUCCGUCCAAAGUGAGGGCCGUGUGCGAGGCCAACGGUUUCCGGGUCGAGCCGGGCAAGGGCCGUGUGGAGUUCUACGUUCUGGACCCGAUUGGCAACCGUUUGGGUUUCAGCAGGCAGCCAAAUGAAAGGAAAAAAGAUGGUGCUGCAGAACUGGCCAAGGAAAAGCAGCAGCCAGAAACCGGCAUAGACAGCGUGCUGACGGCCAAGAAACGGAUCGCCGUGAUGACCUCCGGUGGAGACGCGCCCGGCAUGUGUGCUGUUGUGCGUGCUGUUGUGCGGGCCGGUAUCUACUACGACUGUGAGGUGUACGGGUGUUACGAGGGAUACUCCGGGCUCGUGCAAGGCGGCGAUUUGCUGCGCAAGAUGGAGUGGGAGGACGUUCGCGGGUGGCUGUCGUUGGGCGGCACGCUGAUUGGAACCGCCCGUUGCAUGGAGUUCAAGGAGAGAUGGGGUCGUUUGAAGGCGGCCAAAAACAUGAUUCUGCGCGGCAUCGACGCUUUGGUGGUGUGUGGUGGAGACGGCUCUUUGACGGGUGCAGAUCUAUUCAGAAGCGAGUGGCCGUCGCUAGUGGACGAGCUCGUUGCGACGGGCGAGCUGAGCGCGGAACAGACGGCGAAAUAUCGUCAUCUGACGAUCGUUGGGCUUGUUGGCUCGAUCGACAACGACAUGGCGUCGACGGACAACACGAUCGGCGCAUACUCGUCGCUGGAGCGGAUCUGCGAGAUGGUGGACUACAUCGACUCGACCGCAUCGUCGCACUCGCGUGCAUUCGUCGUGGAAGUGAUGGGCCGGCACUGCGGCUGGCUGGGGCUCAUGGCGGGCAUUUCGUGCGGUGCUGACGCGAUUUUCAUCCCGGAGCGGCCGCCGAGCGCGUCGGGCUGGCGUGAGGACCUCAAGAAGGUGUGUUUGCGGCACAGAGAAAAGGGCCGGCGGAAGACGACCGUGAUAGUGGCCGAGGGGGCUCUGGACGACGAGCUUCAGCCCAUCACGUCGCAGCAGGUCAAGGACUGUCUGGUUGAGAUCGGUCUGGACACGAGAAUCACCACGCUGGGCCAUGUUCAACGUGGAGGCUCUGCAGUGGCCUUUGAUCGGAUGCUGGCCACGUUGCAGGGUGUGGACGCGGUGCGGGCCGUGCUGGAAAGCACUCCGGACACGCCGUCGCCGAUGAUUGGCAUUCUGGACGGCAAGAUUGUGCGGCAGCCGCUGAUGGAGGCCGUGAAGCUGACGAAAAGCGUGGCAACAGCGAUCGCGGCGAAAAAAUUCGACGAGGCCAUGGGAUUGCGCGACUCGACAUUCAAAGAGAGCUACGCCAACUUUCUGGACAUUUCGAAACACGACGACGGGUCGCAGGUGGUGGACGAGUCGAAGCGGCUGAACAUCGCUAUAGUGCACGUCGGGGCUCCGACGGCCACGCUAAACCCUGCAACGCGUGCAGCCGCGCUUUAUUGUCUGUCGAAGGGCCACACGCCUUAUGGAAUCCAGAACGGGUGGUCCGGGCUGGUUCGCCACGGGGCCGUGAGGAAAUUGGACUGGCUGGACGUUGAGGAAUGGCACAACCUGGGCGGGUCCGAGAUCGGCACGAACAGAACGCUGCCGUCGACAGAUAUGGGCACGGUGGCGUAUUACAUGCAAAAAUACGAAAUACACGGCCUGAUUAUCAUCGGCGGAUUUGAGGCAUUUCGCUCGCUGCACGAGCUCAAAGUUGCCAAGGAAAAUUAUCCCAUCUUCAAUAUGCCGAUGGUCUGCCUUCCUGCAACUGUCUCGAACAAUGUGCCCGGUACCGAAUAUUCGUUAGGCUCUGACACAUGCUUGAACACGCUUGUGAAAUAUUGCGAUGCUGUGAAGCAGAGUGCGUCCGCGUCGCGAAGAAGAGUAUUUGUCGUGGAAGUGCAAGGCGGCAAUUCAGGAUACGUUGCGUCGUACACGGGGCUUGUUACAGGUGCAUUAGCGGUGUACACGCCAGAGGAGAAAAUCAGCCUGCGCACGUUGCAGGAGGAUCUGGAGCUGCUGUCUGAGAAUUUCAAGAAGGACGAGGGCGACAACCGGUCGGGCAAGAUGUUCAUCCGCAACGAGAACGCAUCCGACACAUACAGCACAAGCCUUAUCGCCGAGAUUAUCAGGGAGAGCGGAGGCGGCAAGUUUGAGAGCCGCACGGCUAUUCCGGGUCACGUGCAGCAAGGUAGAGUUCCUUCCGCAAUGGAUCGUUGUCUUGCUGCACGGUUUGCAAUUAAGGCAUGCCAGUACAUUGAGGAAACGAAUUUUGCCGCGCAGAGUGCGAUAACCCGGCUGUGGAACGAAGGCUUUGGGUCGAAUCUCACGUUCAAGGGCCACUCUGAGACCGACCUCAAGUUUGUGUACAAGCAUGGAAAGAAGCACCUGAUUCUGAGCGACAACGCGAAGGUGGUGGGGAUCCACGGCACAAAUGUGAUUUUCGAGGAGGUGGACGAGCUCUGGGAAAAUUACACGGAUGUGGCGCUCAGAAAGGGCAAGGAUAUGCACUGGACGGAGAUGGUUACAGUAAAUAACAUUCUGAGUGGCAGGAGCGUGCUGCGGAAGACGCAGCACAAUAUUGUCUGA